UUUUUUUUCUUUUGUGUCGUAUUUCUUCUUCAUUAAAGUCUUGAUAUGUAUAACUACACUUGUAUCUAUUGAUUGUUGAUGCAAAAUAUCUUCAUAUAUCUUCAACUAUUCUUCACUUUAGAAGUUCUUGGUAAUCAAUUAGAUUGUAUUAUUCCCGGUGAAUUAUCAGUUCUUUCCUUUUCAACCUUUUAACAAUUUGAAUUUCAAACAUUAUAAUGUUGAGGCUUUAAUCAUCUUAAAUUCUCUUGCAGUCUUCAAGAUGCAAAGUCCUUUUUUGUGUCUUGUGAUUAGUUGAUACUCAUAUGACAAUAUUUAGAAUAAUCAAUUCGAGAGGAAUUUAAAAUACUUCCUUAUUUGGAUAAUUUGAUAUACGAUCAACAUGGUGGAUAUCCUUCAAAUAUAACUUUACUAAUAUUUUUAAUCUUUGUUUCCACAUUCAUGUCUUCAAUCAAAAUAUCUUCGUAUUACAUUAAGCCUUAUUGCACAACCUUGCUCGUGUGAUAUCUUCCUGAUUGACUGAUCAUCUUGACCAUCAAUAUCAACAUUUAGGUUUGUUUGAUAAAUUUGCAAUUAAUCAUGACCACCUUGUGAUUGUAUAUUUUUUUCGCACCUUUCUAAUCUUUAUGUGUUUGAAUAAUUUGAUACUUGUUAAGUGUCUUGACCUUUGACUCGUCUAAUCAUUCUUCCUAAUUAGGUUGUCUGAUGAAAGUACUCGUAUAAUAGGUGUUUCAGUGUUAUGCUUCAUGAAUUGACUUUGACUCGUAUGAUAAAUACUUGUCUAGUGUCCUUUGUGUAUUUUGCACUGACUCGUCUAAUAUUUAUGUUGACUAGUUAUAGUGCUUCUGACUCAUCUAAUGCUUCUUUUUUGUUCUUGUAUGCUUCCUUGCUUUGACUUAUCUAUCCCUUUGUAGAAAUCCAAUGCUUUACUACUUUAGGAAGUUGACCCAUCUAGUUAACGCAAUCAUCUGACACUGUAUUUUGCUCUUACACUCUUUGAGUCGUUUAAUCCUUAUAUUUUAACUUGUUGUCUUGUGUCAUCUAACACGUUCAACUUAAUCCAAGUCAUUUGGCGUUUGUGUAGAACUUAAGUCGUCGAUGGUUUGGUCAUCUAAUCUAGCCUUCCAUUUGUCUACCCAGUACCUUUGAAUAGAGUUCGCCUAAGUCUUACUUUUUCAUAUGUUUAUUUCUUUUUUUAAAGCAUUAACUUAUUAUUUGUUGCAUUGUAUUGGUUUAAACUCAUUGAACACACGUUUAAACUCAUUAAGCACACACAUAUUUUUGUUUGUUUCCUUAUAAGUUUUGUUCUAUCAAAAUCUAUUCAAUCUAAGCUUGUUUGGAACAGUGUAGUUUUUUGCUAUUAAAAUUAUGUUGACAUUAUUUUUAAAGAAUGACAACAGUAUAAGUGACUAUGUAACACCAAAGUAGUUGAUAUUAUCCAAGAUAACACAUUUUAUUUAUACUAUAGCAUAUUUGUAUUGCCACAUUGUCACAUUCUAAAUAAUUCUAAAUAAUGCUAAUUUAACAUAUACGAAAUCAUAUUAAUUCUUUUUAAUAAAGAUGAAGACUAUAGAGAAAAAAAUUUAACAAAAAAUUUAAACCUAAAAUUAAUUAGUUUUCUUAAUAAAUGUGAAUUUGUUGAAAAAGUCAGACUAAAGAGUUCAAUAGUACGGUCGAACCUAAAGGAUUCACGCUCAGAAGUGAAUUUCUAUAGUAGUUCUAUUUCGCCAUUAUUUUAGUUAGAUAGAACUUAACGUGGUACUAUUUUAAUAGUUCAAAGCACGAAUUAUUAAAAAGACAACUUUAAAAAAAUGAGCAUAAAGUUGAAGUGAUGGAAGGAAGAAAACAACAAGAAGAACACAGGAGGAGGCAAAAAUGAGCUUGGUUAGAAUUAAAUAUUGAAAUUCCCAAGAUAGCAGAGGAUCAUAGAAUUACAAGUUGCUGCGAAAAGAGAGUUUUUUCACAACCUAAUCAUAUGCUGCCAAUCGUAAGAUCCAACAUGUCUCAAACACUAAGUUGCAUAAUACAACACCCAAUGGACUCAACUUUGAUGAAGUCACUGUCCCACAACCCAAAGAACUCCAAUUCCUCCACACUCAUCAAGUGCUUUGCCAAACAUUCUGGUCCUUCUGCCAAGAUCAUGGCUUCUGCUACACCUACAGCAGCCCCCAUCACCUUUGGAUUCAGAAAUUUGUUGGAAACAUUCACUGUUGAUGUGCAUAGAGCAGAGAAUAGGCAACUGAAUGUGCCCUUAAUUGCUCCUUUUACCAUUGCUACCUCUAGACUGGACAAGGUGGAGAACGUGGCCAUAAGAGUUGAGUUGAGCAAUGGUGCUGUGGGGUGGGGCGAGGCACCGAUUUUGCCUUUUGUUACUGCAGAGGACCAAACCAUCGCCAUGGCCAAGGCUUCUGAGGCAUGUGCCUUCUUGAGGAGAUGCCCUGCACUAACUUUGGGUUCCAUGCUGGGAGAGAUUGCUGGUAUUCUUCCUGGGCAUCAAUUUGCUUCAGUUAGGGCUGGGGUGGAGAUGGCAAUAAUUGAUGCUGCUGCAAAUAGUAUUCGUGUGCCAUUGUGGAGGCUUUUUGGUGGGGCUUCUAAUACCAUAACCACCGACAUAACAAUCCCAAUUGUUUCUCCAGCUGAAGCAGCUGAAUUGGCUUCUAAGUACUAUAAAGAAGGGUUUAAGACUUUAAAGCUGAAGGUGGGAAAGAAUCUCAAUGCAGAUAUAGAAGUGCUGCAAGCUAUACGUGUUGCCCACCCCGAGUGUCAGUUUAUUCUUGAUGCUAAUGAAGGGUAUAAUUCUGAGGAAGCAGUGGAAGUUCUUGAGAAAUUACACGAUAUGGGGUUGACUCCUAUUCUAUUUGAGCAACCAGUUCACAGAGAUGAUUGGGAUGGUCUUCGGUAUGUGAGUAGUAUAGCAAGAGAGAGAUAUGGUGUAUCUGUUGCAGCUGAUGAGAGUUGCAGAAGUAUAGUUGAUAUUUACAAAAUUGUGGAAGGGAAUGUUUUAGAUGUGAUUAACAUUAAGCUUGCCAAAGUUGGGGUUAUGGGUGCCCUUGAAAUUAUUGAAAAGGCAAAAGCAGCAGGAUUAGAUUUGAUGAUUGGUGGUAUGGUUGAGACUAGACUUGCUAUGGGUUUUGCUGGCCAACUUGCUGCUGGCCUUGGAUGCUUUAAGUUCAUUGACUUAGAUACACCACUUCUGCUAUCAGAUGAUCCAGUUCUUGAAGGUUAUGAAGUUUCAGGUGCCACUUACAAGUUCUCAAACGCUAGGGGACAUGGUGGAUUCCUUCACUGGGACAACAUUGCAUAACGAUAGAGAUGCUUAUGCCAACACAAGAAUCUGGAAAAGCAUAAAUGGACAAGUUGGUUAGAAGGUUAUAAAAUUGAGUAAGAAAUGAAGAAUGACCACUGAUGGGCUUGUGCAUGAAAAAUAAGAUGUGCAACUGUUACAACUUAGCGUUAAAUAUUACAAUAACAACUAUUCAUGAAGAUUUCUUGUGCGGAAUGAGUAGCUAGUACCUAUCCACGACAACUAUGUAAUCGAUUCCUCACCUUAUUCUCGAAAGGUCUUGCACCAGAUAAGAGCUAGGAAUCGCACAUUAUGAUAAUAUGAUAUGGGCAUGGAAAUACAGCAAAUUUUAGAAAUUAGACUUAAA